AGUGGAGAAGAGCCGAGUACCGCGAUGAGACUCUGCCGCCCCAAGAGCAACAGAGGACAACAGAGCGCCGCGAUGGGCAUCGAGAGGUACGCGGGACGCGUCGCCAUGGUGACGGGCGCCAGCUCCGGCAUAGGAGCGGCCAUCACGCAGGCGCUGCUCAGGAAGGGACUCACCGUCGUAGGGCUAGCCAGGAGGGUCGACAGGGUCAAGGCCCUCGCCUUGAAGGACGCCCCUGGCAAGCUUCACGCUAUUCAGUGUGACGUCAGCAAUGAGGAAAGCAUCCUGGCGGCAUUUAAAUGGGUUAAAGAGAACGUGAAAGGUGUUGAUAUUUUGAUUAACAACGCUGAUGUUGGCAAUGACGCUGAUCUGAUUUCUGGUUAAACAGAAGACUGGAAGCGCAUUCUGGACGUAAAUGUGCUUGGCUUGAGCAUCUGUACCAGGGAGGCCGUGCAGGACAUGAUGACCAGGGGCAUCGACGACGGCGUCAUCACCCACAUCAGCAGUGAUCUGGGCCACAUGUCGCCUCCCGCUGGCAACAUCGCAAUGCACACUGCCAGCAAGCA